AUGGGUUUUCCUGACAACAGAGAUAUUGAACCUACUCGUGAUGACGCACUUAGCGAUUAUAACAAUCCACCAGAUUUUGUGAUGGAUCAGCUAGAGGAGGAAGAAGCGAUGGAAGUUGAAGACGAUUCCAAUGAAGGCUAUUCUCGACUUCAGAAUUUUGAAAAUGGUGAUGAUUAUAUACCAGCUAAUGACUCAGAUUCAAGUGAAAGUGAUGAAGAAGACGAGAACGAAUACAACUUCGAAAGUGCUCAAAAUGUUGAAGAAAAUGCAUCGCCAGGAAUUCCUCCAAUAAUUUCAUCAGAUGUUGAACUGCAGGCUCAAGUUUGGAACACUCCAAGAAGUCAGGAUACAAUAGAACUAAAUAACGAAAAGACUCAACAAAUAUUAAAGGCAAUGAGCAAAUUUAGUCUACCAAAUAUUCCAGCAUGGGCUAGUGAAGUUGAUCCGACUGAAUUGGUUCAAAGAUUAAAAAACAAAACGACAAAUGACAAAUAA